CAUGCAUUUGCACUAAGGCAGCUGUCUCUCAGCGAGACUGUACGUGGAUGACACAUGCCAAAUGGCUGCGAGUGCCGCCGCCAUGCCCGGCCUCCUCCUGCUCCCGUUUCUUCUUCUAGCUGCUGCUUCCGGCGCCGCCUACGACGCAGCCAGCACGCCGCCGAUCAGCCGGAAAAGCUUCCCUGAUGGCUUCGUCUUCGGGACGGCCUCGUCGGCCUAUCAGUAUGAAGGUGGUGCCACGGAGGGGGGCAGAGGACCAAGCAUCUGGGACACCUUCACGCACCAGCACCCAGAAAAAAUCGCUGACAGAAGCAACGGGGAUGUAGCAGUGGACUCCUACCAUCUUUACAAGGAAGAUGUGCGCCUCAUGAAGGACAUGGGGAUGGAUGCGUACAGGUUCUCCAUUUCGUGGAGCAGAAUUCUUCCAAAUGGCAGUCUGAGCGGUGGAAUCAACAGAGAAGGUGUCAAUUACUACAAUAAUCUCAUUAAUGAGCUCCUGUCCAAAGGAAUGCAACCCUAUGGGACCCUUUUUCACUGGGACUCACCUCAGGCAUUAGAAGAUAAAUAUGAAGGAUUUCUUAGCCCCAAUAUUGUAAACGACUUCAAGGACUAUGCUGACGUCUGCUUCAAGGAGUUUGGUGACCGAGUGAAGCGCUGGAUCACCUUCAACGAGCCCUGGACCUUCUGCUCAUCGGGCUACGCGGUCGGCUUUGCUGCCCCAGGCCGGUGCUCGCCAUGGGACCUGGGCAGAUGCAGUGUUGGGGACUCAGGAAGGGAACCUUACAUCGUGGCCCAUCACCAGCUACUUGCACAUGCAGAAACAGUUCGGUUGUACAGAGAGAAAUACCAGCGCAUGCAAGAGGGAACGAUUGGCAUAACUCUAAUCUCGCACUGGUUUCUUCCCGUCUCCCGCUCCAAAACCAACGCCGCUGCGGCGAGACGCGCCAUAGACUUCAUGUUUGGAUGGUUCAUGGACCCUCUUAUCAAAGGUGACUACCCGGCAAGCAUGAGUGGAUUGGUCGGAAAUCGCCUGCCCAAGAUCACCAAAGAACAAUCCAAGUUGAUCAAGGGUUCGUUCGACUUCAUUGGACUCAACUACUACACUACAAACUAUGCUGCCCACCUCCCUCCAUCAAAUGGUCUUAACAAGACCUAUAGCACUGACUCUCGAGCCAACCUUACCGGUGUACGGAACGGCGUCCCCAUAGGCCCUCAGGGCGGUUCAUCUUGGCUCUACAUCUACCCUCAAGGGUUCCGUGAUCUGCUGCUGUAUAUCAAAAAAUACUACGGCAACCCGACCAUCUACAUCACUGAAAAUGGCGUCGAUGAAGUCAACAACAAGAGCCUGACACUGAAGGAGGCUCUCAAGGAUGACACUAGGAUAUACUACCACCGCGCGCACCUCCUCGCCAUGCUGAGUGCUAUAAGGAAGGGGGCAAACGUGAAAGGGUACUUCGCGUGGUCACUGCUGGACAACUUCGAGUGGGCGAACGGCUACACGGUCCGGUUCGGGAUAUACUUCGUCGACUUUAACGACGGGUACAAGCGGUACCCCAAGAAAUCUGCCCACUGGUUCAAGGAGUUCCUCAAGAAAUGAACAUGAACGUGAUCGAUGCGCGGGGACAAAUAUAAUGGACGGUGCCAGGCCGAUUGAUUUGUGUUAUUUACGCUGAGAGAGUGUGCUGCAAUAAAAGGGUCCGCAUUCAGUUGCAACUGUAUGCGUUGAUCUGUGCAGAUGGAGAUGAGCAAUAUGCUUUCUUUCAAGGAAAUAAUAAAAUCAAGACCGAUGUACGUACAACUUUCGUCUGAAAUAAAUUCUAUAUUGCUACUACAAUAUUUAUAAAUGGCGUGGAGGAACACUAUUAA